AUGAAGUCCCUUCUCCCCUUCCCAAUGAGAGGCAUAUCCGUUGCGAUCGCGCUCUCAAGCUUCCUCGCAACAUCCACCUCGGCUCGGGAAAGCACCAGCAUAGCAUGCGACAAAGACUGCCGGGACUUUGUCGAUAUGGGCAUCGCCUUUGAGCGCGCCUCGUAUGCCCACGAGGGCCUCGACGAUUUCUACACCAUCCCCGAUGACUUUGAUCCGUCCAUGGAACCGGGGACCCUUCUCCGCGUCGAGGAACAUACAGACAUCACAAACUACACCGUCCCCGGCGGCCUGACCAUGUCGCGGAUCAUGUAUACCUCGGAGUCACUCAACGGCACGGUCGUCCCCGUCUCUGCGUUUGUGCUGUGGCCGUAUGCUCCAUUCGAAUACAGAACCCAACAUUCGAACUCGACCUGCUCCUCUUCAAAUACAAGCACCAAAUUCCCCCUCGUCGCCUGGGCCCACGGCACAUCCGGCGUGUUCCCGCCCUGCGCCCCCUCAAACUACCGCUCGCUCCAAUACAACUUCAUGACCCCGUACUCCCUAGCCCUCGACGGCUUCGCCGUCAUCGCAACCGACUACGCGGGGCUGGGCGUAACGACGCUCCCCAACGGCGCGCAGUCGCACGCCUGGCUCACCAGCCCCGCAGGCGCCAACGACGUCGCGUACGCCAUCGACGCAGUCCGCAAAGCGUUCCCCGCGAACCUCGACGCCGACGGACCUUUCGUGGCCAUGGGCCACUCGCAGGGCGGAGGCGUGGCGUGGUCGUUCGCCGAGCGACAAGCCGCCCAUCCGCAAAAGGGAUACCGGGGCACAGUCUCAAUCUCCCCGGCGACGCGGGUAAUCGAUGAGAUUGAGCGCGCGAUGCAGGUCUUGGGCGGCGCGAAGGAUCCGGCGGCCGUGCCCAUCUGGGCGCCGACGGCGCUGGGUCUCCAGGUGAAGAUCGUAGCGGCUGUGACGGCCGUGUAUCCCGAGUACAAUGACACGGGGAUGAGCGAGGCCGCGUAUGACAGGUGGCACACCGUCCUCGAGCCGGUUGGUGGCUGUCUGGCAACGGAUACGCUGGCCUUUCUUUCUGUCACCGAGCAGGUGCGCGCGAACUGGACGGCGGAUCCGCUCGUGCGCGAGUGGCAGGAGGUUGCAUCUGCCGGCCGCAAGGCGCUCCGUGGCCCGAUGUUGGUUAUCGUUGGCGAGGAGGAUGCACUUCCCGUUGAUAUGCUCGAGGACGAUAUCGAGGCUACGUGUGCGGUUGCAGGGAACGAGGCGCAGGCACUGGAGAUGGCGGUUUAUGGGGGGAUGCAGCAUUUUCCGGUUAUUCAGGCGAGUCGCGGGAAGUGGAUGCGGUGGAUCAAGGAAAGGGUUUCUACUCCUUAUACCCCUGCUGGUCAUAGGAGUCAUAGCGGCGGUGAUGGUGUUUGUGGGAAGAACAGCGUGGUGGAAGGGUUCAACACGCAGCAUACUUCACACGCAAUAACUCCAAACUGGUUAGUUAGUUGGGCGCCGCCGAUGGAGGCGUGGAAGUAUGCGCUGUAG